AUGUGCCGCAGGAAGCGCGCGUCCUUGGCAGGACAUUUCUGGCGCAAAAGAUUGUUCGCUCGUAGUGCGCUGUUGAAGCAGUCUUUCUUUGCGUUGGCCUGUCUUCCACAGUUCUUUGCGCAGCAAUGCUACAUGCUGGCGUGUACCAAGCAGGACGGCAAUGUCGCGUUGCAGCGCCAAACAUAUGCGCAGCAGGGCUGCAGGUCAGCGCUGGCAACAGCUUUUGCGCUUGUGGUGCGCCUUUUGUCUCCGUGGCUGAGGUUCCCUUCUGCGCACCUGAAGGAAGACUUACCGCGAAUGCGUUCACCGGCAAUACCUCCGCGGGAUGUGCCUUUGCCUUUCCGCAAGAGGCCAGUGCCAGCAGAGCCAGGUGUGGAGGAUGAGGCCGUAGAGUGGGUGGAUGAAGUCAUCGCGGAGUUCGAAGCCGGGGACUUCCUCCACGUCAUGGAGGGGCUGUUGGACAUGCGCGAAGCGGCUUUGUGCUCCUUCUCCGAGGGCGGCUUGUCGGAGAGCGGGAAGAAGCGGCUCUGCCACGGCUUGGCCACCAUCUGCUCCCAGCGCGCAGGGCCCAACUCCUGGUUGCACGGAGGCUCGGGCGGAGUCGUGUCCGUGAACCGCUUUGCGGCGUUGGUCUCCGAGCGGCUGCCGGUGGAACUGCAGCGCCUGGUGGCCAUGGCCUUGUGGAAGAAGGGGAAGGUGGAGGUACUGGUACCUGAGAACCACUGCUUGCGGAACGGUCGCUUCCGACCGGCAUGA